CGGCGCGGAGCUUUUGAUGUAACUGCAAAAGCGCCGCGCCGGCGCUACGACGCCAUACCAGCCGUCGUGCACGCGCGUUUUCUCAUCAUCGCGGUAAACGAGGUCACGUCGCAUCGUGAAAGCGCCGUGCAUGCCAAGUUCGAGACCAUUGUGUGCAUGUGUGCGACUGAAUCCGUCUGCCCCCGUGCGCUCCGGCCACGUCGCGGUUUAGAAUACGGACGUCGCUCUGUCGCGCACGCCGUGACAGGCGCGACGUAUACGUUUUCCAAGGAGCCGUUCGUUCGAAGCUCGUCAGAAGACAAGGGGACCAUCGCAAGUAUCCUGGAUUACGUGAAGGAGGUAACAUCUUCCGUCGAAGACAUGUCGAACAGCAAUAGCUUCGUGACAGGCGCACGGACUACUUCUAUGACUGCUUCAUGACUGGAAUUGGCGCUGUUAUCAGCAGUGGUGUAAGAACGCUGGGCACGGAAAAAGUGUGGCCUUCUCUGGGUUCGUUGUCCGUACAGGUGACUGGGCGCAUGCACUUACAAGGCCGGACAUGGGAUCCAGUCAGAGCCAGCUGACAGCUGAAGAGCUGCGAGACUACAGGGAGCUGACGUUCCUUACGAAAAAAGAAAUCCUGCACGCCUUCAAGCGAUUCAAGGGCAUCGCCGUAGGGGAGGUGCUAGCCGACAAACACGCCAGAAUUCCCGUCAAGUACAUCGAACAGAUGCCGGAAUUCAAGUGCAAUCCUUUCCGGGACCGGUUACUGCGUGUGUUUUCAUCAUGCAAGGACGAGCGCAUGUCCUUCGAGGACUUCCUGGACCUCCUGAGCGUGCUUUGCGAAGACGCACCCAUCGACGUCAAGGCCGAGUACGCCUUCCAGAUAUUUGAUAUGGACGAUGACGGCGUCCUGGGUGAAGACGACCUCGCUGAGGUCAUCAAGCGGCUGACGUCGUGGGACUCCGGGUGCCGGAUGGAGACGCCCGACGUGCAGCGACUCAUCGAGCAGGUUCUCGCCGAGGCUGACCUCGACCGGAGCGGCCACAUGUCGCUCAUGGAGUUCCAGCACUGCAUGCUCAAGAACCCCGACUUCGCGAGCUCUUUCAGCCUACGGUUGUGAACCUGCACCCACGCACCUGCAGCCUUCACGCAAGCCCUGCGCGGAGAUGUCACGGUCACACUCCCGGGGGCGGCGUCACGACCGAGUGGAGUACGCAGCAUGGGGGGCCCGCUAUGUCACCACCGUCGAGAGCUGUCACAACGCAACCGCGACCUUCACACCACGCGAUCUCCUUUGUUUUCGUUGAUUAAACGGUAUCGACUUUCGGUGUGCA